CCUUAAAUUAUUGAUUAUUGACUUUGUAAACUUCAGGAUUAAACCAUUGCAAGAGUACUUAAACAACAACCAAAAUUAAGCUAACCAAAUCAAAGAUUGUUGUAAUACUGAUCAAAGCAAAAACUUCCAGCAUGGAUGUUAAUUACGUAAAACAAGCUUUGAUAUUGAAGGAAGCCAAACAAGCAUAUAAGAAAUUACUUGCUUCUGACGAGGAUCCGAUGAAAAGUUUGUGCAUGAUUGACAUUAUCCAAAGGCUUGGCAUUGAACAUCACUUUGCUGAGGAGAUUGAAGCAGCCCUUCAAAAUCAACAUAAAAUGUUCAGCAGAAAUGCCAUUGAUUUUGUCCAUAGCCAUGAACUCCAUGAAGUUGCGCUUACAUUUCGCUUGCUAAGACAAGGAGGCCACUAUGUUAAAUCAGAUAUAUUUGACAGCUUGAUGUUUAACAAGAGAAAUUUUAGUGAAAAAUUUGGUGAGGAUGUGAAGAGUCUCAUUGCUAUGUAUGAAGCCUCCCAGCUAAGUAUUGAGGGAGAAGAUGAUCUCGACGAUAUAGGGCAUCUCAGUAGUGAGCUUCUUCAUGGAUGGCUAUCAAGUCACCAAAAUCACAGUGAUGCUCUAUAUGUUACAAACACUCUUCGAUAUCCACUUCACUAUGGCUUGUCAAGGUUAAUGGAAAAAAGCAUAUUCCUAAGUUAUUUGAAGGCCACUAAUGAAUGGACAUGUUUAGAAGAACUUGCUAAAAUCAAUUCCAGCAUAGUUAGGUUCAUGAAUCAGAAUGAAAUCAUUGAAGUUUCCAAAUGGUGGAAAGACCUUGAAAUGGCUAAGGAGCCAAAAUUUGCUCAUUAUCAACCACUGAAAUGGUACAUGUGGCCCAUGGUAUGCUUUACAGAUCCAAGUUUUUCAGACCAAAGGAUUGAGCUCACCAAAGUUAUCUCUCUAGUUUAUGUUAUUGAUGACAUUUUCGAUGUUUAUGGGACACUAGACCAGCUUACUCUAUUUGUAGACUUAGUUACAAGAUGGAAAUUGGCUGAUACAGAGGAACUUCCGGACUUCGUGAAAAUUUGUUUAAGUUUUAUUUACAAGAUUACCAAUGAUUUCGCUGAAAAGGUCUACAAAAAGCAUGGAUUGAACCCUAUCAAAACACUUAAAAAAUCGUGGAUACGAUAUCUAAAUUCUGCGUUGAAAGAUGCACAUUGGCUGAAUUCAGGUCACUUGCCAAAGGCAGAUGAGUACUUAAACAAUGGAAUUGUUAGCCCAGGAGUGCAUGUGGUACUUGUCCAUGCGUUCUUCCUCUUUGAUCACAUUCAAGAUGUAACUACGGAAACUAUUGCUAUUUUAGACGAUGGCUGUCCAAAUACCAUGUAUUCAGUAGCAAAAAUUCUCCGUCUUUCUGAUGAUUUGGAAGGAGCUAAGAGUGUAGAUCAAAACGGUCUUGAUGGGUCAUAUCUAGAUUGCUACAUGAAUGAACACCAAGAGAUUUCAGCUCAAGAGGCACAAAGACAUGUUGCUAACAUGAUUUCAAAUGAAUGGAAACGUCUCAAUCAAGAAAUCAUAACCCCGAAUCCAAUUUUUUCGUCAUCAUUUACCAAAUUUUGCCUUAAUGUUGCAAGAAUGGUUCCUCUCAUGUAUCACUACCAGAGUAAUCCAAGUCUUUCCAAUCUACAAGACCUUGUCAAGUCAUUGGUUAAUGUUAAUUAGUGCGAGGUUCAUUUAGUAACUUUCAAAUAUCAUGGUUUCUUGUUGAAUAAUUGAAUAAUUUGUAUCAAUUCAUGGAGAUAUAAACAGAAAGUGCUUUUACCAUCACUGUUGUAAGCAAUUUGUUUCACUAUUUGAUUUUAAUCUUUAAAUCCUUCUUAUGUAA